UGGAAUUCAAUACACCCAUUCAACGCUAAAUAUUUGCCUCCUACUCAAGGGUCAAAGAACACAGUCACGAUGGUACGUUUCUAACAACUAAGUCCUUCAGGAAUACCCUCAAAUCAUAUUAUCAAUUUCUAACAAUGAUGCAGAGUCAACUUGAUCCUUUACCCCGCGACCUCCCAUUUCGCAUAAUUUCAAAGACCAUUGGCAGAGGGGCUUAUGCAUCGUACGCUCUACCUUUCAUAAUUUCCAUAAUUUGCCUUCUAACAUCUCCCAGAAUUAAAAAGGCCACUCCACCCGUGGAAUCAACACCCAUCUUCGCGGUCAAAUUCAUUCACAAAGCCUACGCUACGAAACAUGGCCGAAUUUCUGCAAAGCAAAUCGCGAUGGAGGUUUCUCUUCAUUCGCAUAUCGGACAACAUCCUAAUAUCAUAGAAUGGUUUGCUACGGGUGAAGACAAUGUCUGGAAAUGGAUUGCCAUGGAGUAUGCUGAGGGUGGCGACUUGUUCGAUAAGAUUGAGGCGGACGUCGGAGUUAGUGAGGAUAUUGCACACUUCUACUUUUCUCAAUUGAUCAGUGGAGUCUGUUAUAUGCAUGCAAAGGGUGUUGCUCAUCGAGAUAUCAAGCCGGAAAAUAUAUUGCUGUCCGAAUCUGGAAGUUUGAAGAUUGCCGAUUUCGGACUGGCUACACUUUUCGAGUAUCAAGGCAAGACCAAGCUUAGCACCACUAUGUGCGGAAGUCCUCCAUAUAUCGCACCAGAAGUCAUUACCUGUUCUAAGAGUACUCAAUCGAAAGGAGGGAUGAAGACAUCAGGGUACUUAGCGAACAUGUGUGAUAUCUGGUCUUGUGGUGUGGUAUUAUUUGUCCUUCUGGUCGGAAACACGCCUUGGGAUGAACCUACGGAUGGGAGUUGGGAAUUUCAAGAGUUUACUGGAAAGCGAGGUCACAGUGAGGAUGAGUUAUGGAAAAGACUACCCAAAUCCGUCUUGUCAUUACUACGAGGAAUGAUGAAUGUGGAUUGCAGUCAAAGAUUCAACUUUCAACAAAUCAAGGCUCAUCCAUGGUUCACACGCAAAAACCCCCUCUUAUCCCCCGAAGGAAAGAUGACGGACCAGAUUAUACUUGCUACGAAGAUGUUAGAAGGUCUCCAUAUCGACUUUAGUCAACAACCAAACGCCUCUCAAAUAUCACAUCAAACCCAAGAUGCCAUGGAAAUCGACUCGGAAAAUUCGAGAUUUUCUUUCACGCAACCCGAAGCCCCAAUCAGCGACGUAAGUUUCGACUGGGAACGACCUCCUCGAGCCAACGCCGCCAGCCAACCUACCGAUUUCCGAGAUUCUCGAAGUAGGCCCAUGCCACCUUCCGUAUCCCUCGAUCACCUGGCUGAAGAUCCGUCCAUGUCCCAAUUCGCAGCUACGCCCACAGUCCCCUACUCACUCACCCAACACGCUCGUCGUUUCCGCGAUAUCGUGCCCAACUAUUCACUCACUCGUUUCUUUUCUCACCUCUCUGCCCCAUUAAUUCUUCAACUCAUUGGAACUGCUUUACAUCAGCUUAAUAUUCCAACUCCCCCUAUCUCACAAAUGAGUGGGCGGGAACAUCAGGGUUGGAUCAAGAUCAAGACGGUGGAUGGGAGAAAGUGUGGACUUGCGGGAGACAUUGUAAUUGAUAGUUAUUUCGCGGGGGAGACGGAAUUGUUGGAGGUGCGGUUUGUUAAGGUUAAGGGGGAUCCGUUGGAGUGGAGACGGCUUUUUAAGAAUGUUACUGUGCUUUGUAAGGAUGGGGUUUAUGUUCCUGGGAGCUAAUGAUAAUUAUUGGAUAAAGGGAAUUGGAUGGGAUGAUGAAUGGAUGUGAACUUGUUAUGGUAAGGUUGGGGUUUGGAUAGGAUGGCGUCUAUUUUCUAGACAGGACUUGGAUUGGUAUUCAUUCAAGGUUGGGGGCGUAUGGGUAAGUAAGAUUGGAUUUUGAGAUACUCAUAGGGAGAUGAUAGGAUAAUGCAUAAUGAAGAAUGAUUACAUGAUACAA